CCGCUUACACCCGGGUGGGCGGCGGAUGAAGGCGGCGAGAGGUUGAGGGUCGAGGAUGAGGAGGUCAGGGGGAGGUUUCCAAGGAUUCCGUCGAUGCCGGUGUCGUUGUCGGUGUCGAGAGAGAUUUUGAGGGGGUUUGGUGGGCCCCCGGUGCCGGAGGAGUGGAGGGGGGAGGUUUUGGGUGAGUGGGGUGGAGUUGGAGGAGGCCCAUCUCUUUUGAACUUUACAUAUCAGGAAGAUAGAAGGCUGGCGACGAUCCAAAAUGUUUUUGGAGUGAUAAGAGGGCGAGAGGAGCCUGAUCGAUAUGUUAUCCUUGGCAACCACAGAGAUGCAUGGACAUAUGGUGCUGUGGACCCAAAUAGCGGGACAGCUGCUCUACUUGACAUUGCUCACCGUUAUGGUGUUCUAUUGCGCUCAGGUUGGAGACCUCGAAGGACCAUUAUUCUCUGUAGUUGGGAUGCAGAGGAGUUCGGCAUGAUUGGAUCUACCGAGUGGGCUGAGCAGAAUCUUGGAAUUCUUGGCACAAAUGCAAUAGCCUAUCUAAAUGUCGAUUGUGCAGUACAAGGAUCUGGUUUUUUUGCCGAUGCUACUCCACAACUAGACAAGCUCUUGAUUGAAAUAACUAAGGAGAUCAAGGAUCCAGAUGUUGAAGGGAUGACCGUGUACCAAACAUGGGCUGCAGCAAAUGGAGGUAUCAGCAUUGAAAGACUUGCCAGAGCUAAUUCUGAUUUUUCAGCAUUUCUACAUCAUCUUGGAGUACCUUCUCUAGAUCUAUAUUAUGGUAAAGAGUUUGCAGGCUACCAUACUGCAUUUGAUUCCUUUGACUGGAUGGAGAAUCAUGGUGAUCCAUUAUUUCAUCGCCAUGUGGCCAUUGCUGAAAUUUGGGGACUUUUUGCCCUUCAUCUAGCUGAUGAUCUUCUCCUACCUUUUGAUUAUCUCACUUAUGCCACUCAGUUGCAGAGCCACACAAAUACAUUGAUGGAAUUGCUAGAUAGAGGAAUAUCUUUACAACCUAUAGUUGCAUCUAUUGAUGAAUUCACUGCUGCGGCCAAUGAAUCUGUAGAAGAAGCAAAGAAAAUUGAAGAGCAAGAAUCAGAAGAAUAUCUUCCACGACUUAGACAGCGAACUUUCAACGAUCGCCUUAUGCUUGCAGAGAGAGGCUUCUUGGAAGCAGAGGGACUUCUAGGGAGACAGUGGUUUAAGCAUCUGUUAUAUUCACCUCCUGAAGAUUAUGAGAGCAAGCUCUCUUUCUUUCCUGGUAUAGCUGAUGCCAUUUCUAGAGCUGAGAAAAUAGGAACAAGAGAAGCACAAUUGCAGGUCCAACAUGAGAUAUGGAGAGUUGCUAGGGUAAUUCAAAGGGCUGCAGGUAUUCUUCGUGGAGAAUUAACAUGAAUGAGCAAAUCUUUAUUUGUACAUGAAACCAGUGGAAAAUCUACAUUGCAUACUAAAUUUGUGCCGUUUAUAUUUAUAUUUCCUUAUCAUUUUCGCUUGA